AGCCCGGCGAGAGCCCGGCGGGGCCGGCGAGGAUGGGCACGGAGCCCCGGCGGCAGCCGCCCCGCAGGAGAUGAAUGAAAAUGCAGCACACCACGUGCACGGAGGACAGGAUCCACCACGCGCUGGAGAGGUGUCUGCACGGGCUGGGCAGGGACGCCGCGUCCAGCAGAUGGGCUGCUGGGCUGUGCCUGAACUGCUGGAGCCUGCAGGAGCUGGUGAGCCGGGACGCCGGUAACUACCUCAUCCUGGUGGAGAAGAUCCUGGGCAAGACCAAGGAGGUGCAGGAGAAGUGUGACUACGACCUGGUGACGCCCCUGGCCCUGCUCUUCUACUCGGCCGUGCUUUGUGCCCCUCACUUCCCACCCGGCUCUGACCUGCUCCUGAGAGCUGCCAGUGUCUACCACAGCUUCCUGACGUGGCCCGUGCCCUACUGUGACACCUCCCGGGAGCUGCUCACCUUCAUCAGCAACGAGCUCAAGGCGCCAGGAAUCACCUUCCAGAGGCUGGUGAGGACAGAGCAGGGGCUGCCUGUGAGGAACUGCCAGAGCUCCACGGUGACGGUGCUGCUGCUGAGCCGCUCGGAGGUGCAGAGCGAGUUCCUGUCCAUCGCCCGCAGGCUGAGCUCCAGCGAGCGCCCCCGGCGCUCCGCGCUGCUGCUGCUGCUCGAGCACCUCUACCAGGCCACCUUCGGCACCCGCUGCGACCUGGAGGGGCUGCACCAGCUGCUCAAGUCCAAGCCCCUGGAGGAGCUCUCGGAGCUCUACGCCAGCGCCGCCGAGGCGCAGGAGGCGGCGGCCGCCAGCGCCGACCCCGCGCUGGCCCGGGAGCGGCUCCAGGCCGCGCUGCGCGACAUCGCCGGGGCCGCCGCCUUCCCCGGCAUCGCAGGCGAGGCCCAGCCCCGCAAGCUGCACCCCUUCCCCAUCCCCCCCGCUCGCUGCUACACCUACAGCUGGGACCAGGACAACUUCGACAUCCUCAACGACGUCCUCAGCAAGGAGUGCAGCACUGCUGAGCCCCUGGCCUCGGAGAACGAGGAGGAGGAUGAGGAGGAGGAGGAGGAGGAGGAUGUGGAGGCGGACGGCGGCUCCCCCGAGCAGGACUCGCUGCUGGCCCCGCUCUCUGCCAUCUCCAGUGACUCCGUGUGCUCCGCGCUGUCCGAGGAGGGCUCCGGGCCCUCGCGGCUCUCCCUGCUGGCCUCCUCCAAGGAGUCCAUCUCGGAGCUGACGGCGGUCUCCAGGAAGUCCCUGAAGUCCUUCGUGUCCAGCCUGAAGGACUGCAUGGACAGCGGCUACGCCGAGGACAGCGACGAGAGCCCGCUGGACGCGGCGGGCCGGCCGGACGGGCCGGCCAAGCGGCGGCAGUCGCUGUCGGACCGGCUGUACCGGCUGCUGCGGAGCACGGGCCGGCAGCUGGGCCGGCACCGGGACCGGCCCCGGGCCCGGCCCGGGCCGCGCUCGCCGCCGCUGCGGCGCGCCGAGAGCCUGUGCGCGCCCCCGGCGCCGCCGCGCGUGCCCGCGCGCUCCCGCCGCGCGCUCUCGCUGCCGCAGCACGGCGCGGGCCCGCGCGGCGCCCCGGGGCCGCCCCGGCGGCCGCUCCCCGGCGGGGCGGCGGCGGGCACGCUGCGCGUGGUGGUGUUCGGCUCGGACCGCAUCCCCGGCAAGCUGGCCCGCGCCUACAGCCGCCUCAGGCUGCAGGAGAGCUCCUGCCCCUCGCUGACGCGCCGCUUCAGGCUGCAGUUCUUCUACGUGCCCGUGAAGAGGAGCGGCGCGGCCCCCAGCGCCCCGCAGAGCCGGCAGCAUCCCCCCGCGCCGUCCCCCGGGGAGCCCCCGGCCCGGCCGCAGGAGCCCUCCCCGGCGGGGAUGGAGAGCAGCACCAACGACAUCUCGCGCUACAUCGGCCUGCUGGACCCCUGGUACGAGCGCAACGUGCUGGGGCUGCUGAACCUGCCCAUGGGCGUCCUGUGCCAGUGUGCCAAGGCCGAGGCUGAGCCCCAGGAGGACUCCCGGGAGCAGCUGCCCAUCCUGGCGGACAUGAUCCUCUACUACUGCCGCUUCGCCACGCGCCCCGUGCUGCUGCAGCUCUACCACACCGAGCUCACCUUCAUCGGGGGGGAGAAGAGGACCGAGGUCUUCAUCCACUCCCUGGAGCUGGGGCACUCGGCAGCCACGAGGGCCAUCAAAGCCUCAGGUCCAGGCAGCAAGAGGCUGGGAAUUGAUGGAGACAGGGAAGCAAUCCCACUGACACUACAGAUCGCAUACAGCAAGACGGCUGCCAGCGGCAGGAGCCACUGGAGCGACGUGGAGAAGGUCUGCACGUCCGUCAGGCUCAGCAAGGCCUGCAGGAGGCCCGAGGAGCUCGCCUCGAAGACAGAAUGUCUGAACCUAACCGUGACCGAGGUGGUCAAGAGGCAGAACUCCAAAUCCAAGAAAAGUUUCAAUCAGAUCAGCGUGUCCCAGAUCAAAGUGGACAAGGUCCAGAUCAUCGGGGUCCAGUCCUCCUUCGCCGUGUGCCUGGACCAGGACGAGCAGAAGAUCCUGCAGAGCGUGACCAGGUGUGAGAUCUCCGUGUGCUACAAGCCCAGGGACUGUGACCCCCUGGCACCGAGGGGUUCCCCUGUGGCUCCCCAGGACCCCUCCGAGUUCCACUCCCUGCUGUGUUUGCCCAUUGCCACCUUCAGCGGGGCCCUGCCCUAGAGGAGCCGUGUCCCCCAGCCCCGGCUCAGGAGAAGGACCAGGACCCCAGCCCUGCCUGUGCAGGAGCUCCUGAGGCCUGGAGAGUCGCUGUGGUGCCGCCGUGGGGCUGAGCUGCCCCUGCCCCAGGCUCGGCCCCUCCUCGGGAGCGGGGUCGGUGCUCCGGGGUCUGGGGGUCCCUCAGCGAGGGGAGACCGGGCACCUCCUGGGGAUGGUAGCCGGUGGGAGGGCAGGGCAAGGACGGGAUAUUCCCUGCCAGGAAACGGUGCACGUGGGGUGUGGGAAAGGGGGAGCUCAUGGGGAUAUUUGGGAAGAGGAAUGUCCGAGCCUCAGCUCUGUCAGGUGUCUGUCAGCGCGUGGCAAUUGCAGAUCCCGUUGUGCUG